AUGAGGACACAGCUUAAAAUAAAUCCUGAUAACUAUACCCUUAAAGUAACCUAUCUUAGAUACCGAAAUUUCUGCAAUAAAUUACUAAAAAGAUUAAAACAUAACUACGAGAAUAAUGAACUACGGAAAGCACGAAAUAAUCCACGGUCUACUUGGAAAAUAAUUAAAAACAUUACUUACACGGAUUCCAUUAAAAAAUCCCCUUCUGAACUAUUAAAUAUAGACAGAGAUAAUUUGACAUCUGUAAACCGUGUUAAUGAGUACUUCUCCCGCAUCGGUAGUGACCUAGCAUUGCAGUUUAGUUCUAACAUACAAAAUAAUCAACUGCCAAAUCAUAACAUAAAUGCUAACUCUUUGGUCCUUUUGCCAACGGAUGAGUCGGAGGUUGAAUUAAUUAUACGAAGUUUGCGUAAAGAUGCUGCUGUCGGAUGGGACGCGAUACCUGCUCAUUUAUUGCAAAAGUGCUCAAACACCUUGGUACCAAUAAUAACCCACAUUUGCAAUAUUUCUAUGGCUGAGGGGAUUUUCCCCAAAUCUUUUAAGAGGGCUGUUGUGCAUCCCAUCUUUAAGGGUGGAGACAGAGACAGUGUCAGUAAUUACAGGCCCAUAUCUGUCCUGCCUGCACUGUCCAAAAUCCUAGAGAAGUUGCUAAACACCCGCUUAACAAUUUUUUUACAGAAAAACAGUAUUUUAGCGCCGAAUCAAUUUGGUUUUAGGGUAGGAAUGUCGACUGAAGACGCGGUGGCUUCUCUGGUUGAUGAAAUAGUAAACAGCCUCGAAAAUGGACAGAAAUGCCUGUCGAUAUUUCUCGAUCUUACCAAAGCAUUUGACACUGUCUCUGUUCCACAUCUCUUACGGAAUAUGGAGGGAAUGGGCAUCCGCGGAUAUGCGCUCGGAAUUUUCAAAGAUUAUCUUUCUGAUAGGACACAGUGUGUAAAGAUAGACGACAUUGUUAGUAGCAGCGAGCCCCUUCUCUUUGGUGUCCCACAGGGAUCGAUCCUUGGUCCAACCCUUUUCCUCCUUUACAUUAAUUCCCUGUGCACCUUAUCCCUUCCCUAUUCUUCUAUCAUUACCUACGCAGACGAUACUGCAAUACUUGUCCGUGGCUCAGACUGGCCAUUAAUGUUUGCUCGUGCAGAAUGCGCUCUUAGUCGUGUAAUGCAGUGGCUAUCUAACAAUCUUCUUACACUUAACCUUAAGAAAACUACUUACAUCACGUUCUCAAAGACAGCUAAAACUCAACCACCUUUGGAAACCUUCAAUAUAAGAGCUCAUACUUGUUCGACAUACACAUCCACUGAUACCUGCAACUGUCCAAUUAUACUGAGAUCCGCACACACAAAGUAUCUGGGAGUUUUUGUUGAUAGUCAUAUUUCAUGGAAAUACCAACUGAGUAAUGUAACUGCCCGUGUCCGCAAGAUGAUAUACAUUUUCAAAAAAUUGCGUUAUACAGCUGAUUUUGACACCCUGAAAUCAGUUUAUUACGCACUGUGUCAAUCUGUUUUAACAUAUUGUAUAUCUAUCUGGGGUGGCGCUGUGAAAUCGUACCUUCUGCCAUUGGAGCGAGCACAAAGAGCAGUCCUUAAGGUAAUGACUUUUAGGCCUAUUAGAUAUUCGACUGCACAAUUAUAUCAGGAAUGUGAACUGCUUACUGUCAGACAGCUCUUUGUGCUUGAAACAAUCUGCAGAAAACAUAUUGGUCUGGAAUAUGACAUUGAAGUCACAAGAAAGCGCCGUGCACGAAAGGUCUGCCAAGCCCAAAGUUCUAGAAGUGCGUUAGCUGCGCGCAGCUUCAAUGUCGUAAGCUGCCACUUAUAUAAUGUAGCUAAUGAAUACUGUGACAUCUAUCCAUUAACUAGAUCGCAAUGCAAGAAACGAGUUACCACAUGGCUCUUGUCCAAAUCUUAUGAAGAUACAGAAAAUUUGAUAAAACUAAGUAUACUAUAA